UUUCCAUUUGCUUCACUUGGAUCUCUCCAAGGUUUAUUUAUCUUUAUCAAGAACCAAGCAGUUGCAUGCUUUGAUUCUCAUGACCCAUCUCUCCCACGACCCAUUUUAUGCAACUAGAAUCGUUAGAUUCUAUGCAGUCAAUGGUGACCUUCACUCUGCUUGUAAGCUGUUCAAUGAAAGUCCCAGCCAAAGCGUCUACCUUUGGAACUCCAUAAUUCGAGCGCACGCUCAAGCCCACAAAUUUGAGGAAGCAUUUUCUCUGUUUACUAAGAUGCUUAGAACCGAAAUCAAACCUGAUAACUUCACUUAUGCUUGCAUUAUACGUGCAUGCUCUGAGAGCUUUGAUUUGGAAGGACUGAAGCUUGUCCAUUGUGGAGUAACAGUUUCAGGGUUAGGAUUGGACUCUAUUUGUAGCAGUGCACUUGUUACAGCUUAUUCAAAACUCGGCCUUGUUGAUGAAGCAAGUAGGGUGUUUUAUGGGACACCAGAGCAGGAUUUGGUUCUGUGGAAUUCUAUAAUUUCAGGUUAUGGAAACUGUGGACGUUGGGACAAAGGGUUGCAACUGUUUAGUGAGAUGAGAAGCAUGGAGACGAUGCCGGAUGGAUACACAAUUGUUGGGUUGCUUUCGGGUUUAUCGGAUUCUAGCUUGAUAACUAUUGGCCAAGGACUACAUGGUCUUUGUUUGAAAUGUAAUUUAGAUUCUAAUGCUCAUGUAAGCAGUGUCCUUGUGAGCAUGUAUUCAAGAUGCAUGUCUAUGAACUCUGCACAUAGAGUUUUUAGUGGUUUGUUCCAGCCAGAUUUAGUUACAUGGUCUGCUUUGAUAACUGGGUAUUCACAGUCUGGGGAUUAUGGUAAGGCAUUGCUCUUCUUCAAGAAUUUGAACAUGGAAGGUAAGAAGGCUGAUUCCAUUUUGAUUGCCAGUGUGUUGGCUGCUGCUGCUCAGAUAGCAAAUGUAGGGCCUGGCUGUGAGAUACAUGCUUAUGUUCUUCGACAUGGACUUGAAUCUCAUGUCAUGAUUUCCUCUGCUCUCAUAGCCAUGUAUUCAAAGUGCGGUUUCUUGGGCAUGGGGACUCGUGUGUUUGAGAUCAUGCCAGAAAAGAAUAUUAUUUCCUACAAUUCAUUAAUAUUGGGUCUUGGUUUGCAUGGCCUUGCCUCUGAGGCCUUUAGAAUGUUUGAUGAGAUACUGAGAAAUGGGUUAAAACCUGAUGAAUAUACUUUUACUGCUCUCCUUGGUGCGUGCUGCCAUGCUGGCCUUGUCAAAGAUGGCCGUCAAAUUUUCAGAAGAAUGAAAGAUGAGUUUUGCAUUCAACCUAGAACAGAGCAUUAUGUUCAUAUGGUAAAACUUCUUGGGAUGGAAGGAGGGUUGGAAGAGGCUUACAAUCUAAUCUUGUCCUUGUCAGAACCAGUGGACUGCGGCAUUUGGGGAGCCCUGUUAUUGUGCUGCGAUGUCUGUGGAAAUUCUGAGCUGGCAGAAAUUGUAGCCCAGAGGCUCUUUGAGAGUAGUUCUGAGAAAGGUGCUUAUAGAGUCAUGCUUUCUAAUAUAUAUGCUGGCGAUGGGAGAUGGGAUGAUGCGAAGAAGUUGAGAGAUCACACAACAGAAGGCAAACUGAGGAAGAUAACGGGGCUUAGCUGGAUUAAAGGUGGCGAGAAGAGUUUGUCGCACAUUGACUGCAGAGAUGGCAUGAGAAAGAUUAUUGGAAGAAAAGGAGGUAGCUUUGGAUGUCAAAGUGACAUUGAUAGCAAGAAUACAGUGCCCAUCCGCAGCCUAAGAAUAAUUGUUACAACCUCUCCGCCUUCACCGACUAAAAAUCCACGAAACUCACAGGGCACUACUGCACCUCCUCCGCUAUAUGAUGGCCGGAUACCUAUGUUUAUUUCUUUUCCCAUUGUUCCCUAGGGAAGAUACUUGUUGCCUCAUUUGCAAGUCCAUUUGGUCUUUGUACAAGCGACUUGAGUCAAAGUAUGUAAAUUUGUUUGAAUAUUUUUGCAAGUAUACAAAUCCAUAAUUAUCUCUUCAA